GAAUAUCGUCUCCGUAGGAAGUAUUUUCGCCGGUCAUUGCAGGGACACGGACACGUUUCGCCGAACACCAGAACUGAUUGUGUUUCUAUUAAACAAAUGUUCAACGCUUUGCAAAAUGAGAUACAUCGCCUCGAAACUAUUGUGUAUAAGUUUUAAGCUUUGAUGAGUGAUAAAAGGCAGCGAGCGAGGGUCCAGGGCUCCUGGGCCAAACCUCUUCACAAACCACAACAGCCAACCGCUCAAGAUGUCCAGUCAGUAUCAGGUUCAUGGAAAUAUGGACCACGAUCAUUUGAGUUCCAUCAGCCAGCGGAUCCCAUCAGAGAGAUUCCUGCAGAGAAAUUGAUCGAAAAUGCCGGUGACUAUGAGAUUAGUCAAGGGCCUACUGGAGUGUCCAGACUGAGACUCAUACCGGGGUUUCUACAGCAGGAGGAGGCUGACUGGAUGUUUAGCAAGCUGCUCGCUGAACUGCCAUGGUCACAAAAGACCAAUUAUAGGAUGAUGGGUGAUGCAUAUGAAGAACCCAGACUCACUUGUUGGUAUGGAGAGCUGCCAUAUACAUAUUCUCGCUCCACUAUGCAGGCCAAUGCUCAGUGGCAUCCAGUUCUCGCCACUUUACGUCUGGCUGUCGAGGAGAAGAGCGGCCACACGUUUAACUCAUUGCUGUGUAACCUGUACCGGGACGGUAAAGACAGCAUUGGCUGGCACAGUGACAGCGAGCCGUCAUUAGGACCCCAGCCUGUCAUCGCCUCUCUGAGUCUGGGCGACACUAGAGUGUUCAGUCUCCGAAAGCAGCCACUUCCUCAAGACAAAGGAGACUACACCUAUGUGGAGCGCAUACGCAUCCCGUUGACCCACGGGACCCUCCUGCUCAUGGACGGCUGUACGCAGACGGACUGGCAGCACCAGGUGGCAAAGGAGUACCAUGACCGUGGGCCUCGCAUAAACCUCACGUUCCGCACCAUAUACCCAGAGCCAGAGCGUCCCAGUGGGAGAUUUGUGAAGUGAUCACUGGUAGAAGAGAAGAAGAGACCACAGGUUUGACGAGGUCUGGAGAGGUCUGUCUCAUUCACAGAGCACUAGUAUACUGUUAAACACAUAUCCAUUCUUUUCGGUUUAAUUAUUUAUUUACUUGUGUGAUAGUUCGCUUUUGAUCAAAGGCCCUGAACAAUGAUAAGCUUGUCUGGCUAUGAUGGCAUUUUUGUUUAGUUAAAUGAUACUUUUCUCACAGCGGUUUUCCACAAAUUGCUUAUGGUAUGAGAAAAUGUUAUUGGUAUUACUUGUUUGGAGAAUAUACGUCAAAAAAGCAGUGCCAAGUGGCCCAUAUUUCAGUUACAGCCCCCAAAGGCUCUUUUUCUGUGUAAAUUGCUGUUUAAAUAUUAUAUGUUAUGCAAUUUUUCAUUUAUAGCUUGUGGUGAAUAAACCUGAAAUGCAAACA